GUGCAACACCACAACGCCCGGAGCGAUGUCGGACGGCCCAUUGUUCAGUUACUUCGCCGGAGGUGGGGGCGGAAGCGGCGGUAGAUAUGGGGAAGAUCCGCAGUACUUGCAACACGAACACGACGAAGAAUCCGAUGACGAAUGCUGGGGUCGCGGAACCUCGUCUUCGCUGCUAGAG